AUGGAAGUAAUAUCAAAUCAACCAUCAGGUAUUCAAACUGCUUGGUUAUUAGCUACAUUAGGUUCAAAAGUAUCAUCAAGAAAUAAAAUUAUUAAAAAAGAUAAUAUAUUAAAUAUAUCUAUACCAAAUAUUUGUAAAGAAGUUAUAAAUCAAUUUGAACAACAACAACCUCAGGAACAACCUAUUCAACCAGUUAAUAAAAAUAUUAAAUAUGCAUCAAAUAUUCUUUAUGGAUUAUCAAUUUUAUAUAAAUCUAAAAUUUCAUAUAUUUUAAAUGAUUUAAAUUAUAUUCAAUUAAAAUUAUUAAAUAAUUUAAAAUUAAAUAAACAAGUAGUUACAAAUUCAAUUAUUACUAAUUCAAUUAAUAAUUCAAAAACUGGUGGUUUAAAAAGAUCAAGAUUUUUUGAAAAUGAUGAAAGUUUUGAUAUCAAAAUUGAUUUUUUACCAAAUUUAAAUUUAGAUGAAACAAUUCCACAAAUAAUAACUAAUGUUUCAGAAAAUCAACAACAUGUAUCACCUUCAAAAAGAAGAAAAAUUGAAAUUGCAAGAUUUGAUCAAUUAGAUUUUCCCAUUUUCAAUCAAUCAACAACAACUUUAAAUUCAACAACUACAAAUGCUACAACAACAACAAAUACAGCAUUAACUUUUGCAUUAUCAUUAAGUGAACAAGAAAACAGAGAAGUUGAUAAUUUCUUAAAUUCUCCAAUUGAAUUAAAUCAAAUUGAUGAUGAUGAAAUUUUAAAUGGUAGAAAUUUAAAUGAGAAUAAUGAUGAAUUAUCAAAUAUUCAAUUUAAUAUUAAUGAUGAAUUACAAAUUGAUGAAAGAAGAAGAAGAAGAAGAAAUAAUCAUGAGUUAGAUGUUAUUGAAGAAUAUUUAAAUGAAAAUGAAGAAAACCAGCAAAUUGAUGCUUCACAAAGUCAAAGACGUUCAUUGAUUGAUAAUAAUGAAUUUGAUAAUGAUGUAAUGGAUAUGAAUAUGGAUGUAGAUUUUGAAAAUCAUGAAGAAGAAAAUGAUCAAAGACAACCACAGCAUCAAGGUGAUGAUGGUGAAAGUGAUGAAAGUUUUCAUGUUAUUUCUGGUGAAGCUACACAACUGCAACGUCAACAACAACAAGGUCAACAACAACAACAACAAAGAAGAAAUAACCAAGAAACUACAACAACUACUAGAAUUUCAAGUUUAACAAAUAGAAGAUUAAUAAUAGAUGAUCCAAUAUCAUUACCAACUUCAACAAUAAUUGAAAAUAAUCGGGAUUAUCAAACAAAUAUGAUACAAUUAAGAAAUCAAUCAAUUCAAAUAGAUCAUCAACCAAUAAAUAGAAUAGAAGAAAUUAAUCAAUUAUUUAAUCAAUCCCUUACAUUAAAUAAUAGAUCAAUAUCAGAUCAUUUUUCUCAACAAUCAAGAAUUCAAGAAAUUAAUCAAUUAACUGAAAGUAUGGCAAAUGAAGAAAGUGAACAAGCAAGAAAUAUUGAAUUUUUACAAAUUGAACAAUCAAGAAUUUUUAAUGAAAAUGAUGAUGAAAAUCAAAGAGAUAUAGACAUGGAUUUUGGUGACAACCAGGAACAACAAAACGAAGAAAUUCCUCAUCCUGAUUUAAAUUUUGAUGAAAAUUUACAAGAUUUAGAAUUUGAAUUAAGAAAAUCAUCCCCCAAUCAAUCUCAACAAGAUUUAUUAAUGUCUAAUAAUGAAUCGAUAAAUAAUUCUCAAAACCACAAGAGAUUAAAAAAUUUUAUAAAUUAUUUUAUGGAAAAAUCGAUUGAAUUAAAUACAUUUACAACCACUAAUGAAGAAGAAUCAACAAAUUCAAAACAAUAUAAAUUAAAUUUUAAUCAAUUAGUUCCUCCACCAUCAUCAUCAUCACAACCAAAUACAAACCCAAUAAAUAAUAAAAAAAUUGCUAUUCAUUCAUUUUCUACAAUUUUAAUAUUAUUAAAUAAAACUAUUUUAAAUGUUGAUAUUAAAAAUCAAAAUUUAGAAAAUUCAGAAACUAAAAAAUUUGAGUUAUUAAAACCUGAAAAUAUUGAAUUAACUUUAAAAAUUAAUGAUGAUGAAGAUGAAAGUAGUGAUGAAAGUAGAGAUGAAAAUAGAGAUGAAAAUAGAGAAGAAAAUGGUGGUGGUGAAGAUACAAGAGAAAGUAUAGAAGGAAGAAGACAAGUUAGUAGAGAAGAAAGUAGAGGAGAAAGAAGAAGUUCUGAUCAACAAAGUGAUAGUUCAUUUGAAAUUAAUUCAAGACAAUUGAUUUCUGACUGA